CAUGCAGAAAUCUAUUAACUCCACGAAAAACGCAGAAUAUAAUUUUUCGGUUGAUUUGCUUUUGACCGGUCUGUCAUACCGUAGCAAGAAACAUGGCGGCUGCUGUGCUCGUUAGCCGUCCUGCGAGUGUCCUUCCCAGGUUUUCUAGUUCCUGCUCCCCUGGGGUGCUGUCAGCCAUCCCUUUGACAGUCCAGCAGAGGAAGGUCCACCAUGCUGUCAUCCCCAGAGGGAAAGGGGGGCGCUCCUCCUCCAGUGGGGUAGCAGCCACAGUCUUCGGAGCCACCGGCUCUGGCAGAUAUGUUGUCAACCGCCUGGGUCGUAUGGGUUCUCAGAUUGUGAUUCCUCACCGGUGUGACCAGUAUGACCUCAUGUACCUCAGGCCCAUGGGGGAUCUCGGCCAGAUCAUCUUUAUGGAGUGGGAUGCCAGGAACAAGGAUUCUAUCAGAGAGGCGUUGGUGCACUCCAAUGUGGUUAUCAACUUGGUGGGACGAGAGUGGGAGACGAAGAACUAUCCCUUUGAGGACACCUAUGUGAGCAUCCCUCAGCAGAUUGCCAAGGCCACCAGGGAGGCAGGCAUCACAAAGCUGAUCCACGUAUCUCACCUCAACGCUGACAUCCGCAGCCCCUCCAAAUACCUUAGGAACAAGGCAGUAGGUGAGAUGGCUGUGAGAGAAGAAUUCCCUGAUGCCAUCAUCAUGAAGCCCGCUGAGAUGUUUGGAAGGGAAGACAGAUUCUUCAACCAUUUUGCCAACAUGCGUUGGUUUGGGAGUGCCGUGCCUCUCAUCUCCAUGGGAAAGAAGACCGUGAAGCAGCCUGUUCAUGUGGUGGAUGUGGCAAAGGCUAUUAUCAACGCCAUCAAAGACCCUGAUGCUAAUGGCAAGACAUAUGCACUAGUCGGACCUAACCGUUAUCUCCUUCAUGAUCUGGUGGAGUAUGUAUAUGCUGUGGCACACAGGCCCUUUGUGCCCUACCCACUCCCACGCCCUCUCUAUCAUCUUGUUGCAAGUUUCUUUGCAAUGAACCCAUUCGAGCCUUGGACAACUCCUGACAAAGUAGAUCGGUUCCACACCACAGAUAUGAAGUAUCCAGGGCUUCCUGGCUUGGAGGACCUGGGCAUCGUCCCUGCCUCUGUAGAGCAGAAGGCCAUUGAGGUCCUGCGUCGCCACCGCCGCUUCCGCUUCCUGGAGGCGGAGCUGGCCGAUACCAAGCCAGCCAAGACAGUUAACUAUUGAGUAGCUUGUCUAUCAGCCCAGCACCACUACUAUAGCCACAGGCUGAUACUCCUAUACAACUGUGCUGUUUUCAUUUACAAAUAUUCUGUAUAUAAAUAAAUGAGUCUAAAACUA